AUGCACGUACAGACGGCAACACAAGAAUCGGGUCACUCUAGUGCAUCGUCAACGUCAGGUUCAGCUUUGUCUCCACCUGAACGAGCGUCUACUUACUUUAAUAUUCACAUUACAAAUCGAGAGUUGAGUCCUCGAAAUCAACUGGAUCCAGAAGAUCCAGCAAGAACAGCAGUAACAGCAACAGCAGCACCUCCAGCAGGUGAUGAUAUUUUGAAAGUGGAAAUUCCAAGAUGGAAAUCAAAGCUUACAACGGACAGAGCAGAUCGUGUACACGUUCCUGUGGGUGUAGAUAGUGUCGGGAACUCACCUUUGGACAAUGAACCAGUGAGAUUGUCAAUGUGGAACAGAAAAGAUGGACGUGGAGGACAUGGAGGAUCCAUGGGUGCUUUAGUACUGGGAAAAGACCGAGAUAAUGGCAGUAAGAAACGCUAUACAGUGUUUCAAAUCUACAUGCAUUUUCAGUCAGGCACAGUACGCAUGUCUGAGAAGAGAUAUAGUCACUUUCGAGAGCUUCACAAGACGUUGAGGAGAAAAUAUGUAACAGUUGGAAAGCUAUACUUUCCACCAAAGAAAUUCUUUAUGUCACUCUCAUUACGUGUGAUUGAACAACGUCGUGAAGCUAUUGAGACAUAUAUGAAUGCAGUUCUGACGUUGCGACCACGGCCGAUUGAGGUCGUGCAGUUUCUUAGUAGUGGAAGUAGCUCGGUGGAUGACGAAGAUGAAGAUGGGAACAGUACUGGCGGACCAGCGCACGGAGUGGACAUGGUGACGACGCCGAAACAUGUGCAAUCAGCGUCAACGGCUUUUGGAACGUCGUCGCGACUCAGUGGGAGCAACAGCAUUACCCCAACGGAUAUUCAAAACUUUGACCGCGAAUUUACAAAGGAGUUACCUGACCACGGUUUCCUGCAGCAGGACAAACGUCUUUCCGUAUCGCCCAAGAACGAGUUCCAGGGGUUCUCCUACAUGCGGACAGUGGAGCCAGCUUCAUGGUCGCGCGAGUCAAGCAGCAAGCGGGAAAAACGCAGGUCUGGACAACAGUCGGAGCAACGAACAAGUGAAGGAAUUGAGCGCAAGUCCGAGUCAGUCACAGAUGAGCACCGACUGUCCGAAGCUCCACGCGCAAGUCAUGUCCAGUACAAGCAGGAGGACGCAGUAGGUAUGGAGCCGAUCGGAGUUGUUUGCUGGAAGACGCAAAGUACAUUGUAA